UGGAAUGUGCCCAGGGACUCCAGAAGGGGACUGACUGACACUCCUCCAGAGCAGUCACGCUCGCCCCUGGAGGCUGUGAGGGCCCCAACCAGGUCCAAAACAGCAUCUGCUGCGGUGCCAUCAUGGGGGAGGUUCUGGAACAGUUCUUCGUUUUUGUAGGGCUGCUGGUGUGCCUGGUCCACCUGGUGAAAUGUGUGAGGUUCUCCAAAUGUAUUUUCCUGCACUUCUGGAAAGUUUCGCCAAGGUCUUUCUUGAAGUCAAUGGGACAGUGGGCAGUGAUCACUGGAGCAGGAGAUGGGAUUGGGAAAGCUUAUUCAUUCGAGUUAGCAAGACAGGGUCUCAAUGUCGUGCUUAUCAGCCGGACACCGGAAAAACUACAGGCCAUUGCUGCGGAGAUUGAGUGGACGAUAGGAAGUAGUGUGAAGAUUAUACAAGCAGAUUUUACCAAAGAUGACAUCUAUGAGUAUAUUAAAGAAAAACUUAAAGACUUAGAAAUUGGAAUUUUAGUCAACAAUGUCGGCAUGCUUCCAAACCUUCUCCCGUGUCAUUUCCUUAACACACCGGAUGACAUCCAGAGCCUCAUCCACUGUAACAUCACCUCGGUAGUGAAGAUGACGCAGCUGAUUCUGAAACACAUGGAAUCAAGGAGGAAAGGUCUCAUCUUGAACAUAUCUUCAGGGGUGGCCCUCUUUCCCUGGCCUCUGUACUCCACAUAUUCGGCUUCUAAGGCUUUUGUGUGCACAUUUUCCAAGGCACUGCAAGCAGAAUAUAAAGAGAAAGGAAUCAUUAUCCAGGUGCUCACCCCAUAUGCUGUUUCAACCCCGAUGACAAAGUAUCUAAAUACCAACAUGAUAACCAAGACUGCUGAUGAGUUUGUUAAAGAAUCACUGAAUUAUGUCACGAUUGGAGACGAAACCUGUGGCUGCCUUGCCCAUGAAAUCUUGGCAAGCAUUCUGAGCCUGAUCCCGUCAUGGGCCUUCUACAGCAGCGUGUUUCAGAAAAUGCUCCUGACUUGCUACAUGGAUUACCUCAAGAAGAAUGCCAACAUCAGAUAGUCCUGGUGGGCUGAUGUGCCACCCAGCAUUGCUUUCUUCACCAAGUUCUGCGUUAGCCACAGAGGACCCAGGAACAGACCAGUACCUGUCCCCUCCCUGAAGCUGGAGGGCUCAUGUCACAGAUCCAGUACUUAAAAUUCAACUUUGUUUU